CUGAGUCGGAAGGCUUGGUAGUUCUGGCACCACUCAAACUCAUCUCGGGAGGGUUGGCAGCACUGGGCGGCCGGUCAACACAUCACAACACAGUAAACAUUUCAUGCACCACCACAAUGGGAACUGUCCACGCCAAAAGUCCCGAGUCAGAUGAGAGCAGUGUUGGUGUCAAGAUGGACCUGCAGGCUCUCAAGGCUCGGGUGCAGAGGGUCCACGUGGAUGGGCUGGGCAGGACCAAGGAUGACAUAGUAAUUAGCACUGUCAGGGAUGUCUUCACUGCCCAGGAUUUCCAGACGGUGAUAAUGAAAAUACAUGAAGCGCGAACACGGCUGUCUAACCUGGGGUGUUUCAAGGACGUUGGGGUGUUCAUUGACACAUACAAGGGACCGGCGCUAGAGGACGGCAUUGAGGUAACAUUUGAGGUGCGGGAAACGAACCUAAUGGGGGCCAAGAUCAACACCAGCGUGGGGAACAAUGAAGGCUCUGUGGCAACUGGUGGUGUGCUGCGGAAUGUGUUUGGCCGCGGCGAGGAGGCCAGCUGUGAAUAUUCCCACGGCACCAAGCGAACAUCAUCCUUCCAUACCACCUUCACCAAGCCCUUCCAUAAUGAAGCAAGCACCGUUCUGAGCAGCAGUGUGUACCAGCAGGCGUCUGAGUCUCCCUGGUCCGGGUACAAGGAGUUGGACCGAGGUAUUCUUCUCUCCCUCGCCUUCAAUUCUGCCCCACAAGUGCAACAAAAGCUGGUGUUGGAUGGAGUGUGGCGUCACCUGUCCUGCCUCUCCCGGACCACAGCCUUUGCAGUGAGGGAACAAGCUGGCCACUCCCUCAAAUCCUCCCUUAGACAUGAACUAAAGGUGGACAGAAGAGAUGACUUGGUGUUUCCUUCAGAUGGUGUUGCUUUCACUAUUAAGAAUGAGUUGGCUGGGCUUGGCGGCGACAUUGGUUUCCUCAAGAACGAGUUGGAUUUGCAAGUGAAUGUACCUCUGCCUGGGGACAUGGUGAUCCAGGGCAGCCUUUUAGCCGGCCACCUGCUGCCUCUGCGGAACAACAAGACACACUGCAUCACUGACCGGUUCCUCCUGGGUGGACCAAUGAACUUAAGGGGCUUUGAAAUGUGCGGUGUGGGUCCCCAUAGUGACGGCUGUUCCCUGGGGGCUGACAUGUACUGGGCGGCGGCUCUGCAUACUUAUUCUCCCCUUCCGCUGCUGGGACGUGGUGGUUCCAUUAGCGAUAAAUUCCGUCUUCACGCCUUCGUCAACACCGGAAAUAUUGGAGAUUUUGUCUUAACUGACGACUACAAACAGAAUAUUCGGACACUUCUACGUGAGGUUCGCCUGUCGUACGGGGCGGGGCUGGCCAUGAGUCUAGGAGGCUUUGCGCGGGUUGAACUGAACUAUUGCGUGCCUCUUUUGGUGCAGCGCGGCGACAGACCCAGCCAGGGACUCCAGUUUGGUGUGGCUGCCAGCUUCCUAUGAGGUUCUUUCUUGACUCGAGAGAUCCUUGGCUCCCUUCAUUUGAUUCUUUUCUCCCUUGUCUUUCCUCUAAUUACCUUCUGUCUCCUUUCCUUUUUUCUGUCUUCCUUUUGUCAUCCAUUCUGUGUCUUUUCUUUCAAUUCAUAGUCUCUGCCAGCUUCCUAUGAGGUUCUUUCUUCACUAGAGAUUCUUGGCUCCCUUCAUUUGAUUCUUUUCUCCCUUGUCUUUCCUCUAAUUACCUUCUGUCUCCUUUCCUUUUUUCUGUCUUCCUUUUUUCAUCCAUUCUGUGUCUUUUCUUUCAAUACAUAGUCUCUGCCAGCUUUCUUUGAUCUUUAUUUCACUGUAGAGAUUCCUUGGUUCCUUCAUUUGGUCUGUAUCUCCUUGUCUUUUCUCUAUUUACUUCCUGUCUUCCUUUUUGUUUCAUUCAUUCUGUGUCCUUUCUUUCAAUUGUCUCUGCCAGCUUCCUAUGAUGUUCUUCUUCACUAGAGAUCCUUAGGUCCCUUCAUUUGGUCCUUCAUGUUCUUGUCUCUCCUCUGUUUUAUCUUCUAUCUCCCUUUUUUCACUCAUUGUCUCCCUUAUUUCUUGCCUUGUCUUUAAAUUUCUAGUCCCUGCCAGCUUCCUAUUAUGUCCUUACUUCACUCUGGAGAUCCUUGGUUCCUUCAUUUGGUCCUUCUCUCCUUGUCUUUCCUCUAUUUAUCUCCUGUCUUUCUAUUUUUCAUUCAUUGUGUCCUUUCUUUCAGUUCUGAGUCUCUUUUAGCUUCCUAUGAUGUUCUUAACUUUAGAGGUCCUAGUUCUUGUCAUUUGGUUCUCUUCUUCCUUGUUUUUCCUCUAUUUAUUGCCUGUCUUCCUUUUUUUUUCACUCAUUGUCACCUUCCUCUUUUCUUGUCAUGUUUUCCUUCAAAUUCUAGUUUCUGCCAGCUUCCUAUAAUGUCCUCUCUUCACUAUAGAGGUCCCUGGCUUCAUUUGUUUCCUCCUCCCUCGCCCCUUCUUUCCUUUUUCUAACUCAUGUUUCUCUCGUAUUCCUGUCUUCUUUCAUUCCUUUCCUCUCACUCGUUUUUCAUUCCUUUCUCUUUUCUUGCCUCUCUCCUUCAUUUUCAGUAAUCUCAUUUUUUUUUCUCUCUGCAUCGUUAUCAUUCUUUUCUUCAGUUCUUGUCCUUCAUUAUCUUCAUCAAUUUCCUCCUUUCUUCCUAUCUCUAUUUCUAUUGUCUCUGUAGGAUGGAUAGAAAGAGUGGAUAGAUUGAGUGGAGAGGUGGUAAAGUUAUGAAGUAGAUACCUUGAGUUGCUCUUAGUGAAAGUGGGAGACUUGGUGAAGCAGGAAAGGUGGAAAAGAGAUUAGGAGGGAUGGAGGAAAGAUUAGGAAGAGUGGAAGACAAGGUAAGAGAGGAAAGGAGGAGGAAGGGUGGAGGAAAAAUUAAGAAAAGUUAGGAAAGGUGGGGAAAGGUAAGGCUGGCAGCUGCUUCCAUUUACUUAUGCAAGACUUGUACAGUGUAAAAAUACAGUCAUAUAUAAUUUU